AAUGGCUGCCUCCGACCUGCCCGUCGAGGACCAUGACAUCGUCGUCAUCGGCGCCGGCCUCAGCGGCAUCAACGCCGCUCACCGGCUGCAAACCGAGGUCCCUCACCGAACCUUCACCAUCCUCGAGGCGCGCGACGUUAUAGCCGGCACCUGGAGCUUCUUCAAGUAUCCCGGCAUGCGCAGCGACUCGUCCAUGCGCUCCUUUGGCUUCGCCUGGCACCCCUGGAAGCACUCCCACAACAUGGCCUCCGCCGCUGAGAUUCUCGCGUAUCUCGAGGAUGCGGCCAAGACGGACGGCACGCUGGACAAGAUCCGGCUCGGACACCGCGUCGUCCGCAGCGACUGGAGCAGCGACGAGCAGAGGUGGACGCUUGAAGUCGACGUCCACGGCUCUAGGAAGCUGCUCAAGGCCAACUUUAUCUUCUCCUGCGUGGGCUACUACUCGUACGAGCAGUCCCUGAAGAGCCCCAUUCCCGGCAUCAACAACUUUGAAGGCACAGUCGUCCAUCCGCAGUGGUGGCCGGAGGAUCUCGAUUACAGCGACAAGCGCGUCGUCAUCAUCGGCAGCGGAGCAACCGCCAUCACUCUCUUGCCAGCAAUGGCGGAAACGGCAAAAUCGGUCACGAUGCUUCAACGGACGCCCUCCUACGUCAUUUCCGUGGACCGACACUCGAAGUUUGAAUCUCUUCUCUCGAUGGUGCUGCCCCUGUCGUGGGUGUGCUGGGUUGGCCAGUGCAUCGACGUCUGGUUCGAGGUCUUCAUCUCGGAACUUUGCCUGCGGUGGCCUCGCCUCGGACGCUACCUGAUCACGCUGGAUCUGGAGAAGAAGCUGCCCAAGAAGGUCGAUGCUGCGGUUCACUUCAACCCGACGUAUGGCCCGUUUGAGCAGCGGCUCUGCCUGACACCCGAUGACGAGUUCUUCAACGCCCUGCAUCGCGAUAACGUCGAAGUGGUGACCGACGUAAUUGAUACCGCCGACAAGGACGGCGUCGUGCUCAAAUCUGGACGCCAUCUCCCAGCAGACAUCAUCGUCACCGCGACGGGACUGCACAUUCAGAUCCUCAGCGGAAUCGGACCCCACGUCGACGGCAAGGCAAUCAACGUUGGCGAGCAGUACGCGUGGCGAGGCUGCAUGAUUGAAGGCGUGCCGAACCUAGUCUCCGUCUUUGGCUACGUGACGACAACAUGGACGCCGGGCGCCGACUCCAUGACAAAGCUGGGCAUUCGCGUGCUGAAGCAGAUGGAGGCAGAGAGCGCGACGAGCGUGGUCCCCGUCAUUGAGAGGACGGAAGGCAUGCCGCGGCUGUCGUGUACGAAUGCAAAGAGCUCGUAUUUCGUCAAGGCGUGGGACAGGAUACCCAAGGCGACGGGCAUUGCGCCGUAUUAUGGGCGGUUGAAUUUGGUUGUCGAUUACUGGGCGUUGUGGUUUGGAAACAUGAGGGAUGGGCUGGUGUAUACGAAAAAGGAGGCCAAGAAGACAAAGUAACUG